AUGCCUCUAGUUUCCAUGGUUACCAGUAUAGUUAUCAUCUGCGAGAAGAAAUCAUGGCCAGCUGGGAGAAUUAACAUUCAGCAUCUAGUUUCGUGCGGUUUGGUGGAAACACCGGUUAACAGUGCCAGUCAGGGAGGCGGCGAUGUAGAAGCGCGGGAAUCACCAUUACAAGUGGGCCAGAUUCAGACAGGCAGCGCCAGAGGCAGACUGGCAACCCACACAGAUUCCAUCCCACCUGUGGAACAUCUAGAUAGUCUUGCACAGCUAUUAAUUUCUAAUUCAGUGGCUGCAUCUACCCGUAAAACCUAUGCAACAAGCAUUCAAAAGUUAUUCAACUUUAGAAAUAACUAUCAAUUACCAGACACUUGGCCAGUCCCUAUUAAAGAUUUACUUCUUUUUAUUGCUUAUUACGCCCAGCAAGGUCUGUCCGCCUCUUCAAUUUCUACUUAUAUGUCGGGAAUCGGUUAUGCCCAUAAAGUGGGUAGUCUAACAGACCCCACAAAAUCCUUCUUAGUGAUUAAGGCAAUUGAGGGCCUACGCCGCCUAAAAGGGAGGCAUGUUAAUGAUUUAAGGGCUCCUAUUACACUUACCUUACUUGAUAAAAUGAUUUACAGUCUAAAAUAUAUAUGUAGCAACAAAUAUGAACAAGUCAUGUUCACUGCAGCUUUCUCCUUGGCAUUCUUUGGUUUGCUAAGAGUCAGUGAGUUCACAGUACCCAGCACUAUAUCGUCUAACCAUAAACAGUUGUUAGUUAGUGAUGUUCAUCUAUCUAAUAACACAGUCUUUUUGAAAAUUAGAUGGUCAAAAACUGAUCAGCUAGGUCUAUCGGUCACAUUACAAAUUAAAGCUAAUGGUGGGAUCCAUUGUCCAGUUAACAGUCUAUCAAAGUACCUUAAGAACCGUCCCCAUGCAGCCGACAGGGAUAAUCUGUUUAUCCACUUCAAUACCAAGCCCCUGACAAAGUAUCAAUUUUGUUCACUUUUACAGAAAGCUUUACAAUUUAUAGAUGCUCCCGAUCAUGUCAGAUCACAUAGCUUUCGCAUUGGUGGAGCAACAUACCUCCACAGUAUUGGGGUGCCCGACGACAGAAUUAAGGUCAUGGGACGCUGGAAGUCUGAGGUUUUCACUCGUUAUAUCAGGUUAAACCCCUAAAUAAUUUCCUUUUUCUCCUAUCUUUACAACACAUCAACCAAAAACUAACUGUCCCCAAGUUAUUUCAGGUCAUAAAUGUCUCUGGAUUAUGGGGUCCUCCAUUGUUCACUGGGCUGAAAGAACUGCAAGGCUGGAUGACCCACAACUUGGUUUUACAAAGCAUAACAUGUCAGUUAAGUGGAAGGGAUGCAGAGGUCUCGUUUUUGAUGGUUUAGAUAAACUCAUGGACUCGAUGUUAAUGGAAAUGCCAAAACCACAAUUUAUAUUGAUUCAUUGCGGCUCCAAUGAUCUGACAUCAGAGGGAGUCACAGGUAAAAUGUUGAUAGAAAAGAUUCAGUGUUCAAUCCUGAGAUAUCAAGCACUUUUCUGUAAAAA